AACUUUCACAAACUCGUAUAUCACAACAUCCUGCAUCCAGUCAUCCUUUGUCUAGAUUAGACACUUUAGUAACAAAAACUAAUUGGUAUCCGUAAAAAAUAGGAAAUUUCUACAGAACAAAUUCCAAAAAAAAACUUUGUCUAUCUAUUAAAAAAAUCAAAAAUAAGCUGCACAAAAAUUUCACUCGGACGAAUUGCACAUUAGCCAUUACGUACUUAAUUAAAUCAUAAACCGAUUAAAUUGUAAUACCAUGGAAAACUCAGCAGUUACGCUGGAAAGUUGUAUAACACAAUCUGACGAAAAGCAGCCCACGCCUGACACCGUAUUGCUAAUGGAACUGGAAGAAAACGAUUUACUACUUUCAAAAAUUGAGUUUGACUGCGCUAUAUGCUUGGAUAAGGUUGAAAUAGGCGAGGGUGUCAUCCUACGUGAAUGUUUCCACCAGUUUUGCCGAACGUGCCUGACGAAACAUAUAGAAUACUCGGAGGCUGUCACGAUCACAUGUCCACAUCGGGGAGAAAAUUUUUCCUGCACUUUAGAAAUUUCGAUACGUGAAAUAAAAGUGCUCGUCCCAACCUCUUAUCAAUCCCUGCUCCAAAGAUCACUCCACCAGGCGGAAAUGACCAUGAAAAACGCGUACCACUGCAAAACUGCGGAUUGCACAGCUUGGUGGGAAUUGGAGCCGGACACCCGGAAAGACGCCGGGUUUCGUCACCUGGUCAAAUGGUUCCGUUCAAAGUCCACCUAUAAAUGUCCCAUCUGCUGCAAGAAGAAUUGUCUCAAGUGUCAAGCUAUGCAUGAAUCCGUUUCAUGCAUCACGUAUCAAAGGGUGCUCCAACAAGAUCAGAUGGAUAUUCAGACCAAGCAGUUAAUUCAGAGCAAAGUAAACGACGGCAUCGUCAUGAAAUGCCCGAGUUGUCGAAUUAUGGUCGAAAAGACUGGAGGCUGUGUUCACAUGUGGUGUUCCUUUUGUAAGACGGACUUUGAUUGGAUCUCGCAAGAAAAUCAAAGGAAAUCUGGGGAUGACGAUGGGACACUGUUUGUCCCCAUGGCAACCAGAGUUCUCUUGUCAAGAAAGGUACAAAUGUGUGGGUUUCUAGUACUUUGUUUUUUAAUUAGUGUUAUUGGCGUUAUCGUUUUAAAUUAUAUUGACAAGUAUUUUCGAUGAGUUCAAAGGUUCAUAGGUUGACAAGCAAAUACGUAUUUAUGUAUAAUAGUACAAAACUACUUAUUUAGGUCACAACGAUCUGAUAUUUCAAUGGUUAUUGAUAUAUUCAAUGAUUCAAUUGCAUAACUCGAACAAAUAUUAUGUAAUACACAUACGUCAAUUAAUUUUGUUAUUAAAAUAGUCCCACAAUUAUAUUACCCAUUUAAAA